UGCGCCAGUUGCUGCGCGCCCGGUCAGGUGGGCGGUGGCGGCGCCAUGGCGGAUCGGUUAACGCAGCUGCAGGACGCGGUGAAUUCGCUCGCGGACCAGUUCUGCAACGCCAUCGGGGUGCUGCAGCAGUGUGGGCCCCCGGCCUCCUUCAGCAACAUUCAGACGGCGAUAAACAAAGAUCAGCCUGCUAAUCCAACGGAAGAGUACGCCCAACUGUUUGCAGCACUGAUUGCACGAACUGCGAAAGAUAUCGAUGUUCUAAUAGAUUCCCUGCCUAGUGAAGAAUCAACAGCAGCUUUGCAGGCCGCUAGUCUGUACCAAUUAGAAGAAGAAAAUCACGAAGCAGCUGCCCGUCUGGAAGAAGUGGUCUAUCGCGGGGACAUGCUGCUGGAGAAGAUCCAGAGUGCCCUGGCAGAUAUCGCCCAGUCGCAGCUGAAGACGCGAAGCGGGACGCACAGCCAGUCCCUGCUGGACUCGUAGCGGCAGAGGGCAGCGCGCCCCUGCCGAGCCCGGCCCUGGGUGGGUGGGGAGCUGCGACACCCAGCCCGCGUCUGGGGGGACUCUCGAGUGCUCUGGUCGUUCGUAGCAACGUCUUUUAUCAAAGCUCAGACUGCAGGCUGUGUACAAGAAACACUUCCACUGUAGAAGCGGUGGUCCUGUGCUAGAAUUACGUGUAUUGAUGUAUGUUUCCUUGACUUAAAAUAGUAAUUCCUGAGCUUGCUUUCCUGUUCAUAAAUAUGUCUGACUUCAAUCUGAUUUGUUGAUCACACAAGCCUUUUAUUCAUGGAGGAGAAGAAUUCUCCUACAUUGAUUCCCCUAUCGGGAAUUCAGGAGGCAAAUACAUUAAGAGUAAUUGUGUAACUUGCGCACUCCUACUUUCAAACUUUCAUGUUCUCCUUGUAUUUUUUGAAAGGCUCAAGCAGACACGCUUGAAUUUGCCAGAGUUCCAUGGAGACAGUGCUAGACAAUGAUGUGAAUACAGUGGUGGCCAUCUGUUUUAAUCAACAGAAAUGGUAAUUAAACAUUUGAAUUGGUA